UCAGGCUGGGCAGCGGGCGGAGGCACGUCAGGCUGGGCAGCGGGCGGAGGCACAGGCACGACAGCGGGCACCGAGUCAUCUGGCACGACAGCGGGCACCGAGUCAUCUGGCACGACAGCGGGCACCGAGUCAUCUGGCACGACAGCGGGCACCGAGUCACCGGGCAAGUCAGCGGGCACCGAGUCACCGGGCAAGUCAGCGGGCACCGAGUCAUCUGGCAUGACAGCGGGCACCGAGUCACCAAGACCGACAGCGUGCACCGAGUCACCGGGCACAUCAGCGGGCACUGAGCCAUCUAGCAGAACCGUGGGCACCGGGUCAUCUGGC